AUGCUGGCCAAGUUGGGCUGGCACGCGCGCCGUUCAGUGGAGGUGCUUCGACAUCCCAUUUGGCAGUACUGCUGGCGAGUGGUCCAGGAGAAAAGCGGCGGCAAAGAGAAGUUCCCCGCGUGCGAUGAGUUCCUGGCGUCCUCCAUCGACGUCUACCGCCACUUGCAGCAGGAGCUCAUGGCAGCGGAUCACAUAGGCCAUCUCGAAGAUCUCUUCUCGGAAGAGCUUUGGCCCAUCGUGCGUUCCGCGCACAGCGAUUUCGAGCCCUGGCGGAAGCGCUUCGGCCGGGAGCAGUGCGGCAUCCACUGGACCUCGACGGAGGCGUUCAUCUUCACACUGCAGCCGCCCGGGCCGAAGCGAGGAGCCCAGAAGGAUGAGCAGAUUGUAGUCGCCGGUGCGCGGCUCUUCUCCGUGAUAAGCAUGACCUUCGCGCCGGAGCAGGAGCGGCACAGCAUCGACGAUCUCAUCUUUGAGUCCGCCUUCGACACUGACGGCGUCAGUCAGUGGCGCAUCAUUGACAUCAGCGGUCCUACCACUGGAGACGGGCCGUAG